UAGAUAAGAUCAUUAAAAUUUAUCUACUAAACAUCAUUAGAAAAUAUCUAAUGAUGUUUAUGAGACACUCUUUUUUUAGAUGCAUGUGAAAACGACUUGAAAACGGAGUAAAAUCGUCGGUUAGAAAAAUAAUCGUUUACAGUCUUAUACAAGUCGUUCUAUCCGACUUGAGGCACAAACAAAUCAUAAAAACUUGAAUUUAAUAGUUAAAGUAGAAGAUUCUCUUAUAUUAUAAUAAUCAAUUUAGAGAAAGCAAAAGUGAACGAUAUAUAAGAUGGUCUAAUCCUUCACUCGUCGGAAUUUAUCUCCUUUCUAUAUGUAAUAUUAAUAGAUGAAUUUUUCUACAAGAGACUUUAGUUAGAUCGUAAACUUGGGAAAAAAUAAAAAAAACUCUAGUAUUUAUUACUGCUGAAAUAUUAGCGAAAUAUCCAAUGUUGCAAUCAUUUUGCGACACGUGAUACAUGAAAGUUUCAAAUAUUUCUAAUGAGCCGUUACUUAUAAAUUCUUGAAAGAAGAGGCUCUUCUUAAGAAUUGUUGAAAGACAAAAAAUAAUUUUAGUUAUAUCUGUAGUCGUAUCAAUAUGUGAUGUUUUUCAUAGUAAAGGAUUAAUCUAAUUGAAAUAAAAAAAUGUAAUUAUAUUCAUAAUCAUCUCUAUCAAAUCGUAUGUAAAUCAAUGAAAAAAUAAAAUCUACUGCAAUUUUGCAUUAGAUGCACUUUAUACAGUGAUAUUUUUCUUUCAGUUGUUAUUGCUACAAAUGAAGAUCAAAUAGACGAAGAUGUCAAUCGAAAUAAACUAAAAGCAAAUUUUCAUCGACUUCAAGCACAAUUAUUAACACAAAUGGAAAAAGUCAGACCACAUAUAAAAACAUAUACUUGUUAUAAUCAAUUACCACAUGAUACAUUUCCUGGAGUACAACAUUAUUUUAAUAAUAUAUUUCAUAAAUUACCAUCUUUACAAAAACAAUCAUUUAAUAAAGAUAAAAGAAUUAUAUCUUCCAAAAACAUUCAUGAAGAAUCUGAUGAUGAUAAUGUGAUUUAUGUCUAA